UUACAUAUCAAUACGAAAAUCCAAUUAUAGUGAUGCAUUUUCUCUGAUAACUACACCCUGGCCAUUCUAUAUCAGUACGGCAGUGUAAUCACGAUGGCAAAAGAAGAUGUUACGUCUGCUGAUUCUGAAUGGAAGAAAAUACAACAGAACACGUUCACGAGAUGGUGUAAUGAACACUUGAAAGCCGUGGAUUUAUACGUUUAUAAUUUAGAAACUGAUUUUCGCGAUGGUCUCAAGUUAAUAGCACUGCUUCAGGUAUUGACACAUAAAAAGAUCGGUCGCUACAGCAAAAGACCAUUGUUUAAAUCACAAAAGAUGGAAAAUGUAGCGAUAUCACUAAGAUUCAUUGAAGAUCAAACAAUUCAAUUGGUUAACAUUGACGCAUCUGACAUUGUGAAGGGAAACCUGAAAAUGAUUUUAGGUCUCGUUUGGGCGUUGAUACUAAAGUACUCCGUCUCAACACCAUUAUAUGACGACAAAGGAGACCUAACCCCAAAGCAAAAGUUGCUCGCCUGGGUGAAUGAGAAGAUACCAGACUUUUCAAUCAAGAAUUUCUCCACCGAUUGGAAUAAUGGUCGUGCAGUCUGUGCUUUGAUCGAUGCUUGCGCCCCAGGUUUGUGUCCUGCAUGGGAAGAAUCGAAUGAAACGCUUGAAAAUGUACAAAAGGCCAUGAAGCUCGCUGAAGAUUGGUUGGGUGUGCCGCAGGUGGUCAUACCUGAAGAUAUAGUUAAUCCAAAAAUUGAUGAAUUUUCUGUGAUGACCUACAUGUCCUACUUUGUAAAGGCGAAAGUGAAAGCAGGCGCUCCACUGGCAAAUUGAUGAGACACUAUAGAUAACAGUGUUAAAGAAGACUUCCGCAAGAAAAACCAGACCCGCUCAACAAGUACAGACCAGGGAGUUUUUUUUUUUUUUUUUUUUUUUUUUUUUUUAUCUUGGAGUCAAGUUAUUAGGGUUAUGGAAAGCUUAGUUGAUUUUCGGUAAUUUUUGUUGUUGAAAAUAAUUACAGUAUUUUUAUCCUUGACCCGGCAUUUUUUUACAGUUAGCCUAUUAUUAUGCAAUGAAUAUAUAGGUAUGGUUAGGUUUUAUUAUCGCUAUAUCGGUAUUUAUUGUGUGUUUAUGCAUAACACUAAAUUAAAAAAAAUACUAGUUUCUAGUCCUCUCGCGCAUCCGUUUUCUCUGCCUCACCAUUUUUUUUAAAUUACCGGUCCUUUCUUUUAUUUUACGAAAUGUACGAAAAUCUGGCUAACUAACAUCAGUAACAUUCCUCUCUCGAUCGUUCGUGGUUGGGGAAACACAUGAUAUGAAUCAUGUUUAUUUCUUUUAUUUGCCUUCAAUGUACUUGGUAAAGUAAACAAAUAGCUGUUUCCAUUCGACCAUCUUGGAUUUGCCAUCUCGGAGUAAAAAAAAAAAAUUAAAAAGUGCCCUCACUCUCCUCCUUUUUUUUUUUUUUAAACAAAAUAUUAGGACGAGAAAUUAUUUUUUUUAACUUGGCCUAAGAGUUUACUUGGAGGUUGCUAUACAAUUUGGUAUAUUCGUAGACACACGGACCACCGAAUAUUUCGUAUGACAUAAUAUUCAUUGUAUGAACGUACCUAAAUAAGGGGCUUUAAAAGGUUUAACUUGACGCCCCCUUUCCUCUUUGUCAUUAUUUUUUGCCUUAAUAAAUUUGUUUCCAUCGUUGUA